AUGGAAAGCAAAUCAAGAGCUAUUGCUUCCUUAGUACUAGUUGUUGUCUUAAGUGUUUCAGGUUUGAUGACUCCACUAGUAGUAGUAGCUCAUGAACAACCACCACAGUCUCCUAUGGACAUAGAGAAAUGUUGGUCAUCUCUCUUUAACGUCAAUGGAUGCGUACUCGAGCUCUACAAAUCAGUAUUCUCUGGGAAAUUUGGAAAUGUUGGAGUCGCGUGUUGUAAAGCAUUUUCGACCAUUGAUGCUAACUGUUGGCCUCAUAUGUUUCCUUUGAACCCUUUCUUUCCACCUCUUAUCAAAGACAAUUGUGCACACAUUGUUCCACAGUGA